AUGAGUACUGUGGUUGACGAAAAGGCUCUCGGCCUUGAUUUGAAAAAGCCAAAGAAGAAGACAACCUCUUCUUCCUCAGACAAACCUGAAAAGAAGACAAAGAAAACAUCAACCUCCGAAGAAAAGACCGAAUCAUCUGAAGAGUUACAACUUAUUUUGAAGGAUGCGGCUCAACUCUUCAAACAAGCAUUGGAAAAGGUCAAAGAGGAAAUGCCUCUUCCUUCCAUCGAUGUUAACGUUGAAGAGGACGAAAAUAUUAACGAAAUUGUAGAUUUGUUAAAGACCAAGAAGAGUGCAGAGGUUAUUCAAAUCAUGAAUAAGAAACAACAAUCACAAAGCACUGGUGGCUCUUACUGGAGCGAGGAUAGAGAGGAAUCUGCCGAACUCCAAGGUUCAGACAGAGAUUUGGCCUCUCUCCUUGCCAAGGAUGAUGAUCAUGGUCCACAAGCUUGGAACAAGUCAGAUCGUAAUUACAAGUAUCCAGAACUUUUGGAACGUAUCUUUGAUACAUUGAAGAAGAACAAUCCUGAAUUGGGAGGAGGAAAGAGAAAGCCUAUCAAAGUUAAGACUCCUCAAGUCGCCAGAGAUGGUCCUAAGAAGACAGUUUUGAUUAACUUUACCGAAAUUUGUGCAAACUUACACCGUGCAGAACAACACGUUUUGGAUUACUUAUUUGCAGAAUUAGGUACAACCGGUAACCUUGACGGUAGUAAUAGAUUGGUUAUUCGUGGUGCCUUCAAGAGCAAGGAUAUUGAGAAUUUAUUGAGAAAGUACAUUACUGAAUAUGUCGUUUGUAAGAUUUGCAAUAGUUUGGACACUAGGCUCAACCGUGAUCCAACUACCCGUCUCUACUCCAUUCACUGUGCAAACUGCUUGGCCUCAAGAACUGUCAGUGCAGUCAAACAAGGUUUCGUUGCCAACUUGAGACGUAAGAAAUAA